AUAAUAUUUCCAUAUAUGUGUUGUCAUGUGGAACGGAAAUUCAAUGUACUGUGUUACUGUCUAUCAUGCGAAUAAAUCGAAACUGAAUAUCCUGCAACUCUCGAAUACUCCCACACAACGACGUACAAGAUCGACAACUAAAAGAUCAAUAUUUGUUACAAGUUCUCCACACCGCAUACUUUAUUUCGAAAAGCAGCGGGCCCGACGGCGCCACACGGAAUGGGUGGAUUGAGAGUCAAAUUUCUUCUACAGGGACCGGUCGCGCCGGUGAUCGCGCAGGAUUACAUACUUUCUUCAUCCAGCGAGCAUAGCGAUAUACACGUCCGAUCGUGUGCGAGGUUCCACUCUUCCAUACAAAUUCAUAUGCUAGAGUGACCAGCAGCAUAAAUUGAAGAGAUGAACUCGGUGAAAGAAGUAUACGGUAACAGAUGGAUGGCAUGGUGGAGAAGAAAUUCAACGGCCUUACCCGUUGCCACGACGAUUUCGUGUAAUCUCGCGUACUGCGUGGAGGCCGGUUACACGCGCAUGGCUGCGGUGCUUUCGAUGAUUUCGCUGGGUGGUGUUACCUUGUACUAUAUUUCUAAACGUCGAUGGAAAAUAAAGUCGCGAGAUCUUGUCAUUCUAACCGGUUGCAAUUCCGGUUUGGGCUACAGUCUAGCAAUGCACUGUCGCGCUCAAGGCGCAACAGUUUUAGCCGGGGUGCGUGAAACAGCUAUGGUGCUGAAACCCAACGCUGCCGUUGAAUCAUUAAAGGAUAAAGGCGUCAUCGUUCACCAACUCGAUAUCACGAAUGAAGAAUCCGUCCGGGGAUUUGGGGAAAGAGGCAAGCAACUAUUGGAGGAACGGCAAUUAGUGCUGCGUGCAUUGGUGAAUAACGCGGGGGUGAUGGUGUUCGGCGAGUUCGAGUGGCAGACGCAAGAUCUCACAGAGUAUCAAAUAAAUGUCAAUCUCUUGGGAACGAUGAGAAUCACCCGGGAACUGAUGCCGAUCAUACGGCAGAACGGCAGCAGAAUUAUCGUUGUGUCCAGCCACUGCGCUGCCGAUCCUUUGCCGGGUAUAAGUAUCUACGCGGCGACGAAAGCCGCCCUUCACGCGUGGACCACAGCUCUUCGGGUAGAAGUCGGCAAAUAUGGCGUCAAUGUAGUUGAUUUUAUACCUGGUGGUUUUAUAUCAGAAAGUAAUAUCAUGAGGCGGCAACGAUUGUUCUUUGACGAAAUGGAACAACACAUGUCGGAUGAAACGAAGCGAUUUUAUGGCAACUAUUUCACUCGAUACGCCGAGUAUUUUUCCCAGGCAGGCCUGUCGUCUGGCAAUCAAGACAAUAUAACAGUUCUGUCGAAUCCGAGAAUCUACGAAACCUUCGAUAGCGCUCUUCUCGAUGUCUGUCCUUCGGCGAUUUACAGAUGCGAACCAUGGAGAUAUUUCUUUUAUCGGAUAUUGUUUAAAAGCACACCGACGUGCAUACGUGAUCGAUUGGUACAAUGUUUCGUCAAUGCACCAUCGUGGCAGACCAACAAACAAUAAAUCAUUGUUAUUAUCUUAUUAAAUAAUUUUUACUUUUUCAAAGUCCAAUGUUUUCUCUUGCGUUCCGCUCAAGAGAAGAAUAUAGUGUUCCAGUUUAAAAAGCUGGAGAGAGAUGAUAUUUAUAUAAUUCGAUACACACACAUAAAUAAAAUGGGAAUAAUAAUUAAAA